AGUAUAGGUUUAACUUUUCAACGGAAUUAUAUCACUUGAAACAUACUCUCGAGGAUAUUACAUUAUAUAUCGUAUUAUUUGGUCUUGAACGAUUGUAGUGAUUAAUUCACCGAAAUAUUUACGUAUAAUAUAAUUUCAAACGGAUGAUUUAUCGCUAUCAUGUCAGAUAUGGAUAUUGUAGAAGUUGACGACGAGAAUCAAUUCCACUGCAAUAAAAAUGAAAAUCUUAAAUUAAGUUCUCAAUCAGAAACUAGGAAUGGAGGAAAAUCGGAGGGUAUUCGUCGAAUGGUGGACAUAACCCGUGACAAACCAAUUAAAGUUUCCAUCAGGGUAGCUGUGCCUGUAAGAGACCAUCCAAAGUUUAAUUUUGUGGGGAAAUUAUUGGGACCAAAAGGCAACUCAUUGAAGAGAUUACAAGAAGACACCAUAACGAAAAUGGCCAUACUUGGACGUGGAUCUAUGCGUGAUCGGAACAAGGAAGAAAAAUUAAGAAAUUCCGGGGAUCCAAAAUUUUCUCACCUCAGAGACGACCUUCAUGUUGAAAUAACAGCCUUUGCUCCUCCAGCAGAAGCACAUGCCCGUAUCGCAUAUGCAUUAACAGAAGUCCGAAGAUUUUUAGUACCGGAUUAUAACGAUGAAAUACGACAAGAGCAAAUGUGGGAAAUGCAAAUAUUGCAGAAGGGAUCGGGGGACGCGACCGAUUCGGAAACCGGCGAGAGCGGAUCUUCGUCUCAUUCCGUAGACGAUAAUCGCCAAAAUUACAGCGCCGUUCAUUCAGCCGGAGACUGCUCGCCGGUGCAUACUAAACACAGCAAUUUCAACACCAAUCAAACGAUAAUUAACGUAUCAGAAAAACACGUGACUCCGAAUAAUUCAAAUUUGCUAACGGAAACUCCAGGAAGGAAACGUCCUCUACUGUCUGGAGAAUGUGCCAAAGUAUCAAUGACUCCAUCAAAGAGAACAGUAAUGGCAAUUUUGGCUAGGGCUAGAACUGCGCAAGUACACGUCAAAGACAUGGUCACAUUUUCGCCACAUUUUAAUGGGCUCGUUCAGACAGAUGUAUCCACAUACAGAGAAAAGCCUUUUAUCCCCACUACAAAUCUACUUUUGAACUAAAUAUAAUGUAAUAUAAUAUCUGCUUUUCACAUCAUCCGUAGAUUAACCAAUCAAACUUCUUGGUAGUCACGACGCAUGAAAGUAUGGGUCAAUGUAUUUUUUAAUCAUCAUAUUAUACAAUUUAAAUA